UUCACUUCUGUUCGGUGUGGUGUUGCGGUGAUUUUGAGGGGCCAGCUAAAGAGAACGAGAGAGAGAAAGAGAGCUAGAGAGACAGAGAGAAAGAGAGAGAGAGAGAGAGAAGGAGAGAAAAGAGAUAGAGAUAGAGAGAGAGUAAGCUCUGCGCUCGCACACGCUCGUCGGAGGGUGCGAGAGAAGAGCUCUGCUCUGAGCUCGGGUGAGAGCGCACCUCGACGACGAGGCUGCAGGUGUCCCUCCAGAAGGACGAUCAACCAUCCCGUCGCGGCUUCGGAACGGCACGCGAGCAGGCACGCAGGCCGAUCGCGUCUGACACGGUGCGAAUUAAUAAAUCGCUGAUCGUGCAUCGAGAGGGGACCACGUCGUCGCGUCGAGCCAUCAGGGUCGUCCGCCGUCGACGACCGUGCUGGAUAGGGUACGGAAGAAGAGUGCCGACAUGUCGGCGUUGAGUGCCGCGCUUUGUAGACGCGGGAUAAUCCUCUGGCUGGCCGUCCUACUGGCGUCACGAUCCACGCAUUCUGCGCCGGUAUACGAUCAGGAUACCACACAGAUCGCAGAGUACGAUGGAGCUACCGCUGGAUGUUACUUCAACUUCCAGCGUUACCAAGAAGGUGACAGGAUCAUCACGAGCGAGCCCUGUCUGAAUUGCACAUGCCACAAUCGAAUGCUGAUGUGUUACCUGAAGGUCUGCCCGUUCACGAAGGCGAUCGGUCAGGAUUGCACGGUGGAGAAGCGUCCGGAUCAGUGUUGCCCGGUGAUCACAUGUCCGGAAGUGCCGGUCCAACUGCUCACGUCGACGACGAGCAUACCGGCGACCUCGGACUCCACAGAACUCGGCUUCCACGAUAAUUAUGGUUGCAACGUCGACGACAGAUUUUAUCCAGACGGCGCUCAGAUGCCGCUGGACCAUCACAAUCCUUGCGAGCUCUGCUACUGCAUCAGAAACAGAACCACCUGCGUCAUGCAAGAGUGUACUUUACGAGUGGCGGGAUGCAAACCGGUCUACCAACCGGGUGUGUGCUGUCCGAUUAAAUACAAUUGCGAAUACGACGAGGAACCCAGCACCACGGUUGGUUCGACACCAGGUCUCAUCAUGACCACGACACUGCCUCCCGGUGUGUUGCCUCAGUGUUACCAAAAGGGCAAGGUCUACGAGGACGGUGAGCUGAUUUAUUCGACUCAGCCGUGCCAGCACUGCUAUUGCUUCGGAGGCGAGAUCGCCUGUGCGGUGCAAAAUUGCGGAACGCCGAUGCAGGCGCACGGAAAGAAUUGCACGGCUGUACCCCCGCCGGAAGGGGAAUGCUGCCCGACCACGUACCAGUGUGAGGAAGACGGGCAAGGUGGAAUCAUUACGCUAUCAGAAGGCGAGGAACAACUUCCGGAGCAAAUACCGCAUGACCUGCAAAUCACCGAGUCGCCCAUGCUAAUCGAUGAGGAUCAGGAUCAGCAGGUGAAGAACGAACAGCCGCAGCAGGAAUCUUUCCCAGGUGCAGACAACGUUAUACCGCAUGAUCACGAGCAUGGGGCGGAGGAAGAGGAGAGUGUUCAGGCAAGUAUCGAGCACGUCACGGAAGGGCGUGUUCCGUCCACCGAGAUACCAGAAGAAGAAACUUCUGCAACGCAACCAGCGGAUGAGAAUGUGCCUGAAACGGAAACUACCUCCGUCGAGAAGGAAUUUACGCUUUCUCAUGAACAUGUCACCAAACCUGUCGCCACUGAGGAAGCGUCGGAGGAAGCGGUGACAGAAGCCGAAAUGUCUGUGGGAACAGCAGCAGCAGAGACGGAAGUGCCCGCUGUGGAAGAGGCUGAAGGUAGCGAAGCGCCCACGGUGGAAGAGGCCGAAGGUAGCGAAGCGCCCGCGGUGGAAGAAGUCGAAGGUAGCGAAGCACCCGCGGUAGAAGUUUCGUCCAUCUCGGAAGGUUUGCAGCCGAGUGAGGAAACGUUAACUACAGAACACGCACCAGAAGAACAUGUGAGUACGGAAGAGAGUGUGGUUGAGAAGGAGCACAGUACUUCCGCUAUCGUCGAGGAAGAACAAUCGGCUGAACCUGCGGUUAGCGAAGAAAUACAGACUGAAGCUGUGACGAAACCGGGACUAGAAGAGAUCACUAGUCCACACGAGGGACUUCCAGCGCAGCUUCCAGAAGAAGCAACUGAGGCAGAAAAGACAACGGAAGAAGGGCAAGUUAGCUCGUCUGAAACGCCGGAAAGGCCAGAAAUUUCGACCGAAGUCGCGGAGGAGACAACAUCCGCGAUUGCAGAAGCCGAACAACCUGCUGCUACAACUAUUCCUGAAUCAAUCACUGAGUCCACGGAGGAAGGUAAGGUGCAUCCGCUGGAAACUACACCGAGUGAAAUUCUGAUGACAGAGACCGAAUCAUCGGUAGAAGAAGCGACUGUAGCUCAUGAGGUUUCUAGCACCGAGCAAGCCGUCACUGAGAAGGAAGUACUGCAUUCGACGGAAGCCACUGUUAUAGAAGAAGCUCCUUCAACAGAAGUGAGUCUACCUGAGGAACAACCCGCUGAAGAAGAAGAAAAACCGAUAGCAGGCGAGGGCGAAGCCGAGAAGGAGCACAAACCAGAAGAGCCAACAUCAGAACAUCCAACAACUGAAGAAGAGCGCGUCACUGUUGGCGCUAAGAAAGAAGAUACCGGUCUGACUGAGAGUCCAGCGAUAAGCGAGGAACCUGUCACUUCGGAGGAGCAAGAAGUGGAGAAAUCGACUCCGGAAAUUCCGACUCAAGGUCCAACCGGCAUCCCGAUCCCCGAACGAAUGCCAGAACAGAAGGCGGAGGACAAAUAUCACGUGACUGUGAGUUACCCGGAUACCACACGUCCAGAAAUCAGCUCAGAUAAUCUUGUGACCGAAACUCCGCAGAAAAUACCUACGACGCACCUCCCGCAAGAGACUACUUUGGCACCGUCGGAGGAGGAGAUAACGAAACCAGUUGCAGAAGGUACUGAAGUACCGGCGGAAGAGGAGACCGCAAAACCGAUUGUGGAAGAAGGCGCUGAAGUAUCGGCAGAACAGACGGUGAAACCAGAAGAAGCUACGGAAAUAAAUUUGUCGACUGAAAAAGAAGCUACUGCCACCGAAGUUGCUACAGUUUCCGAAGAACCUAAGGCGGAAAGCACUCCUGAAGCAGCUCAAAGUAGCACAGAGCCAUCAGCAACUACUGUCGCUCAUGAAGAGCACAUUCCUGAAAAGCCUGAGGAGAUUGAGAAGCCUAGCGUACCGGCUGAAAUCGAAACCGAAGCGCCGCAAACGGAAGUUCAGUCAACGGAGGAAGCUCCCAGUAGCGAGGAAUUACCCAUGAAGGGACUCACUAUCGAAGAAUCCGGCGAAACUUCCUCCGAGGAAAUCAGCGGCGAAUCAGGCGAGAAAGAAUCGCAACCAAAGAAGGAAGAGGGGUCAAGCGAGGAAGAAGGAGAAGCACAAUCUUCGGUAACGCCAACAGAACCAGAAGUGGCUCCUGAAACGCCUACACCGAUUCCAGCCGAACGUGAACACUCGACGGCGCCCUCAACCCUUGGGGAAGAACAAGUAACGGAAGGUGAACGAGUUACUAUGGCAAGUCCGUCCGCCGAGUCAUCAACGCCAGAGGCUGUAGAAGAGAAAGGAACUGAAACUGCUCCUGUCGAGGAAGAAAAACCGGUCACCAGUGAGGAACCUGCUGCGGAGGAACCUACCGCGACACCGGGCGUAACUGGCGAAGAAGAGAAGGAAUCGCAAACUGAAAAACCUGUUUCGGAAGAGGGAGAAAUUACGGAAAUGAUCAAAGAAGCUGAAGAGAAACCUACGACGCAAGCACCUGCUGUCGAAGAAGAAAAAACUGAGCAACCUGAGCAGUAUUCUACGGAGAAAGAUUUGGAAGAAGGUGCCGUUACAGAAGGCCACGGUUUACAAGAAACCGCGCCACCUACGAUCGAAGAAAAACCUGAGGAAACGGAAGGCAUGAAAGACGUGUCUACCGAAAGUAUCGAACGACAAACCGAAGCCGCGACAACUGAAAAAGAAUCGUCCGAAGGAACCGCGGGAGUGCAACCGACGGAGCCAACCGGUAUCGAACAAACGGAAUUGCCCGUAACACAUCCUCCUGAGAAACCAGAAGAAGAAGGCGAGGAGAAAAUUCCUGUUCCUGUGUCCACGGAGGAAGUGCAGACAGAAGUUCCUAUAGCUGAAAUCGAGUCCACUCCGGUAGUGGAAAAAGAGACGGAGCAGACCGAACCUUCUAUUAGCAAGGAACAUUUGCCGACUCAGCCUUCGAUCACAGAUCGCAAAGAGGAUCAAGAACCUGUCGAACCAAAACCAAGCGAAGGCGAGCAAGAAGGCGAAGGACAAAUGACUCAGGAGCCGUCUCUCGGAGAGAAGGAAGUAACUGAAACGUAUGAAGAACCGCAGAAACCGACAGGUCUUCCCGAGGUAGAAGGAACUCACAUUCCAUCCGUGGAAGAAGCUGUUACCGAACCUGCUCUACCGGAAGAAAAACCGGUCGAAGGUGUCGAUACAACGGAAUCUGCUGGCGCAGAGGAAGCUGUUACACAACCGGCCUCGAGCGAGCAACCCGAAGUAGCUAGCGAGCAACCGGAAGAAGUCGCAACGGAACCAUCUGAACAAGAGACGCCGACUCAAGUCACAGAGGAACAGCCUGAAUUGCACGUAAGAAAGGAGACCGAAACACCCAGCCCGGUCAUUUAUGAGGAACCUACCAGCCCGAUGCCCGAAAAACCGUCUGUGGAGGAAGAAGGUGCGGGUGUCGGCGAAUCAUCAACUGAGAGUGCGAUAAGCGAAGGUACCACGAAGCCAGAAUUAAUUUCUGAGGUGUCAACCGAGUCUCCCGAACUCGGCGAAGAACAUACGGAGCAGGCAAGUGAAGCUGCCGUUCAGAAAGAAAUUACAACCGAAUCCGUAAUUCCUUCGGAAGAAGAAACGCAUGAACAAACCACUCAACCACCGGUAACGGAGGAGAAACCAGGCGAGGAAGCAGAAGGUAUACCUGUCGAAAUAUCUACCGAGGAAGCCGAAAUUCCGGAAACACCUAAAGUGCCCGAAGAACAGCCAGAGAAACCCGAAGGUGAAGAAGAAAGUAAAGAAAUGACGGUAGAGACGCCGGUGCACGAGGAGCACCCGACGGUCGCUCCAGAAGAAGAAAUACUUAUGGUGAAAAUCACUACUGAAGUACCUUUGAAGGAAGGACCUGAAUAUUCGACAGAACACCCAACAAGUGCUCCCGAAGAGACUCCCAUAGAAGAACAGACCACGCCGGAGAUCGCUCCUCGUCCAUCGGGUAUUCCGGGAGAAGGUAAUUGUCUCGUCGAGGGGCAAUCUUACAGUAAUAAUUCGGCCGUUCCACCGGCGAACGCGUGUCAAACCAGUUGCCGUUGCGUCAGCAGUAUCGUGGAAUGCGAGCUCGUGCAAUGCCCCGCACCGCCAGCGCAUCUCUCCAACUGUAUGCCGGUUCGCGCGAGCGGAGAUUCGUGUUGUCCGAUGUACGCUUGCGAUUCGACACCGACCGUCGAAUUGGAGUCUGAUAGUCAUAUGAUCGAACCUCAGGUUCCCGAGGCAGGAGAAGAGGAAGGCCAGAAGACUGUCUCGCCGGCAGAAAUAUCGACGGAGGAAACUGUUACGGAAGUUACCGAAGAGGCGAAAGAAGCUAGUACGGUAGCUGGUGAAAUUAGCACGCCGGAAUCGCAGCCUGCAGAAGUCACUUUGCCCUCUGUUUCCCAACCGGAAGAAGAGGUAGAGUCGACGGCGACUGAGAAGCAGCAAACGACUGUCAAGUCUGUCGAACCAGCUUACGAACAGCCGACUACAGUUGGACAAACUGUUGAAGAACAGACUGAAGAGCAAACCGUUAGUUCCGUACCCGAGAAACCAGAGGAAUCUACUGUAUCUCAGGUUACCGAGGAGGAAGAACACACUGAGCCGCAGGCUGUAUCGGAAGAAACUACAGAAGAAGGCAAGGUUAGCGAAGAGGGAGAAGAAUUAACUAAACCGGCUACCUCGACCGAACAACCGCAAGAGACCGUUGAGGAGCAGACUUCUGUCAGUGGCGAAGAAGAGCAAGCGAUUACUUCCACUCAUGCACCUGUCGAGCAAAAACCUCAUGGCACCGAGGAGGAAAUUUCGACCUCUCCUCAUAAGGAGGAGGAAAUUACCGUUCCUACCGUGACAGAAGAGAAAGAAACUCCUGGUCCUGCUGAAGUAGAAGUUUCGACAUCCGCUGAGAGAGAACAAGAAGUCACAACCGUUCCAAUUGGCCAAGAAGAAGAAAUUACUAUACCGGUCAAAGAAGAGGCAAGACCCAUCGAAGAAGAAGGUAUCGAAGGACAAGUUACUCUACAACCGACUGAAGAACCAGAAAAGGAGCAACCGGGAGAAGAGAAAAUUCACUCAACUUCUGAGGGACCAAUCACUGAAGGUACUGCCGAAGAGCACGAGACAUCUACAAAACCAGAAGAACCAGCUGUCAUAACGGAAGAACAACCGACGAAACCGGAAAUUCCUGAGGAAGAAAAGACGGUCGAGCCGACUGAAUAUGAAAGCACUUCCAUUCCUGAAGUUCAGCAGACAACGGAACAUAAGCCUGAGGAAGAGCCUAAACAAGAAGAGGAAAAGAAAGAGGAGACUGUCACGUCAACGGAAGGCGAAGAAGUUCCUCAAACCGAAGAACCUGAAAGUCAAACGAAAUUGCCUGCCGGUGAGAUAGAAACACAGAAACCGACCACAUCUGCUGCCGAAUCAACGACUUUGAUACACGAUCAUACAGCAACCGAAGAGGCACCGUUGGAGGAACAAGUGACUGUAAGAAUUUCCGAGGAGACUCCUACAGAAGAAAGCAAAGGAGAAACGGAAUUAGAAGUCUCAACUGAAGCUCCUGCAAUCGAAGAGGAGCAUGUUACCGUUUCUAUAUUGCCUGUUGAUGCAGAAGUAUCUGGCAGUGUAACGACUGAACAGGAACUAGAAGAAAAGCCUAGCGAGGAAGCUGCCAAGCCAACCGAAGGAUCUAUCCCUGAGGUUACCCAUGAAGAGACAUCGCCGGAAGCAGUUGCACCGACGGAAAGUACUGCGGCAAUAGAAACUACGGAGCAUGUUGAAGAGCCUACGGAAGUAUUAGUUACAGAACACGAAGAAGAGCCAUCCGUCACGAAAUCGCCAGGUGAAGAACCAUUGGAACCUGUAUCUCCAGAAAUCAGUACUGAGCAAUCAAUAAAGACUACGGAGGUCGAGGAAGUCACUGAAGCAGAAGCAGAACAUGUGAAACCCACUAAGCCUAGUGUCGCUCACGAGCCGGAAAGUACACAGAUCCCGGUCAAAGAAAUCACGCCUGAAACCGAGCUUCAUACGACUGAAUCACCCGCUGAAAAGCAUACGACACCCGAGGAGGCGCAAACAAUAGCUGUACCUGUACAGGAGGAAGCCAGCGAACAACCGAUUACACCAAUUGUAAAGGAAACCUCCGAGCCAAGUCUAGGCGAAACGGAAACUGUUUCUCCCGAAAUUCAAUCUGAAGCUCCGACUGUAGAAGAGGAACAUAUUACUGUUUCGAUCGAAGAACAAACUCCAAAACUCGAAGAACGCCCUGUCGAAGACCAAACUGUUGUCUCUUCUAUACCCAGUGAGGGUGAAACGUCGGAAGCUGGCGUUUUGGUAGAAGAAGCCACGUCGGAAAGCACAACGAGUCAGGAAGAACGAGUGACUGAAAAGACUACUGAAAGUGCCAAGCCUGAAACCGAGUUGCCGAUGGAACAAACUGUGGCUCCUGAAAAAGAAGCAAGUGAAGAAGAGCAAAAGCCUGAAGUUGGAGUAACGGAAGAAAUUGGUAAAGAAGAAGAAAAGGUCACAGCAGAACCGGCCAAAGAAAUAACAACGGAAGAAAUUGUUAAGGAAGAAGCUGUAACUCACGCUGAAACAACGGAACAACCUUCUGCGGAGCAAGAAAUAACAACACCGUCCGAAGCACCGGGUGUAAAAGUUCAAAUACCAGAGGAAUCCGACGUAACGAUUAUUCCGCAGAAACCUGAGGAGGAAGUUCAAGUUACGAGUGAGCCGGAACACCCUGUGAGCGAAGAAGCGACAACUGCGGCUAGUCCGAUACCUGAGGAACACCCGACUGUACCAAUAGAAACAGAAGAGAAGGAAAGCACUCACGAGCCUGAGCGUGAGACAACGUUAUCUACUCUAGAAGAGGAGGUAUCGAAACCAGCGACCGAGCCUAGCGAGGUGGAAAAACUUCCACCCAAAGAAGAAUCCGUUACAUCUGAGAGUGCUACGCAGGAACCAGAGAUACCUGUCACGAGAAUUUCCGUCGAAGUAAGCUCCGCCGGACAGCCCGAAGAAAUUUCACCCGAAACGGAAGAGCCAGUCAAACCAGUACAAGAAACAGAAUCGCCUGAGGAGCAACAAGUUGAAACUACUACGAAAGCACUCGAAGUUCCUGUGACCGAAGAAAAAUUACCGGAGGAAGAGGUAUCGCAGAUUCCGGAAGCUGAGGAGAAACCAACAGAAGAAGAACACGAAGUGUAUUCUACUGUGCCCACUUAUCCAAUUGAAACAUCUUCAGAUCAUGAGGAACCGCUAGUAACGAAACUGCAGCCUACUGAAGGUCCUCUUCCUUCCGAAGAGGAAACUCAGACACCAGGAGAGACUCAACCUACUCUACUUGAGGAAGGUGAAGAGGCUCAUCCUGAGAUACCCGAGGGAUCUCAACCUACGGAACAUACGCCGGGAACGUCGGUAGAACCAGAGGAGCAUACUUCGGAAACUAUUGUUCCUGAGGAAGAAUAUCCAAUCAAGGUGCCAGUCGAAGUCGUGUCCGAAGAAAAGGUUACUCCUGUCCCAACACCCGAAGAAUCAGAAUCCGAGGUUGCGACGAGCCCUGAAGAAACUCCGUACUCGACGGCACCGCCGACGGAAGCGCCGAUCGAGGAGCAUGUCACAAAAAUGCAGCCGAUACCUACAAAAUUGCCAACAGCUGAGAUCACGGAGGAAGCUCCCGAGGAGAGUGAAGAGGUCGGUCAUCCGCACGUCGAUCACUUCCCGGAGACCACCUUGAAACCAGACACCGACUAUUCCACGGAAGGUGAACUAACACUCGGAUCCGACGAAGAACAUUUGCGACCGGUGAAUCAUACCGCGGAAACGACCGAACGCCCACAUCAACCUAGCUACCAUGAGCGACCAUCCAGCACUUUGGCUCCUCAUCUACCGGAAUAUCCUGACCAAUCUUCUGUAUCUGGCGAGGACGGUUCUCACUUUGCUAUGCCAGGCGGCAGCAGUUACUUGAAUCCUGACGAAGACUAUGAAGAGGACGACCAAGAGAACUACGGACCUGGCACCUGUCGAUACGGCGGCAAAGUCUAUGUUUCAGCGCAGCAGAUACCCAGGGACGACCCGUGCGAUUUCUGCUUCUGCUUCAGGAGCGACAUUAUCUGUCUCCAGCAGAGCUGCCCGCCGCCGAUCCCGGGCUGCCACCAGGAACCGAUCAAUGGUUUCUGUUGCCCGAGAUACGAGUGUCCCGUGUCAAUGGCCACGGCUUUGAAUUUGACUACAACUACCACUACGACCACCACCACGUUACCACCGCUUUUCCAUCCUCACGCUUACAAAGGCGCCGCGAGACGAAGCGGCUGCCAGAUUCAUGGCCAAGCUUAUCGGGUAGGAGAAGUUAUCAAAUCAGCGUCUGGACCUUGUCGCAAUUGCACUUGCGAAGGUGACGGCAGUAUGAAGUGUGAGCCGAUAAUGUGCAGCCCAGAACCGACGUUGAGGCAAAUAAUGGCUACAGUGAAGACAAGCGGGAUUACAGCCAAGAGGAGGAGAUGAGCCGCCGAACUGGAUCGCGGGAUUCGUCUCUACCAAGAAACAUAUACAAGAAGAAAGUCGACAGCGGGAUUCAGUGUUGUAUAAAAGUGAAUUCAAAUUAUUCUAAACUACCUAGACGUCGCGAAACACAGACAAUAGUGUGUUUCGGCGAUCACGAACUGAGUGGCCAAAACGUAAACGUUUAUAUUAAUAAUAUUAUAUUAUGUUAUAUAAAAACAGAGAGAGAGAGAGAGAG